UCACCGCCCUUCUGUAAACAGUGCAAUAGCUCAUUCGUCCUCAUCACACUGAAAAGCAAGUGGACUCCACAAAUUGAAAUUCCUUCUGUAGCUUUUCCUUUCUUCGUGGCAGAAGAAUCACAGCCUAAAUAUGGGAAGGCAAGGCCACCGCGGAGCUAAGCGGCCCAACGGCGGAGCAGAUAUGGCCCUUCUGGGAGGACUUCUGCAACCUCCACAAGUGGCACCCAUUAUCGAUACUUGUUACCAAGUCGAGGGAUCCCUAGGACAGCCCGGCCUAAUCCGCUACUGCUCGGCCAAGAAGCCAUCAUUACCCGGCGAUGACGAUGGAAUCAACAGGUGAAAAGAGAAGGUACUGAUGAUUGAUCCCGUCAAACCGUUGCCUGAGCUCCGAGUUGCUGGAGAAUAAUAUAGGGUUCAAGUCUUAUGUAUCUACAAUUAAGGUGGGUAACGGCGGCGGUGGGUGCAAGAUCAAGUAUGGUCGUGCUGAUCCGGCGGAGGGAUAUGGAAAUUUGAGGAUUUGGUUGCUUAUGUUGAAUCUUGUCUCCUGUCCAAGGCAAAGAAGAUGCAGCUGAGUGUUCGGUAGUACUCUCUCAAAUAAUGUUUAAUUUUGUGC